GCCAUUUCCUCCCAUCUCAAAUUGCCUAACCUCUCACAACAAGCAUUUGCUUACUUGCUUGCACCCAGACUUACUGGGUAUCACAUAGGCACGAACUCGCACAUUCCCUGUUAGACCAACUCUUUCCAGGCGUACCCGGAGAAAUUCUUGCACACGAGGCAGACAUGGGGAAGUACCCGAAGCUAGGAAAUACCCUUCCCACUGCGUCAGCAGAAGAUUUUUUCUCCAAAUACAUCUCAAAGCGUCUCCCGGUGAUUGUGAAGGGGCUUCUGGAUGAUGAGCACUUCAAAGGCAGAAACUGGGCAGACCUUGACUAUCUAGCGUCUAAAGCUGGAGAACGUGAUGUCCUGGUAGAGCCCAUGCAUCCUGAAGCUCGUCAAUUUGGCACAGACGUCGAACGGGUCAGCAUGAAGUUCAAGGACUUCCUGAAGAGCCUGAAGAGCGAAGAGGGCCCACAUCACUAUCUCACGACGCAGUAUGCGGAACAGGAGUUGGAGGCGUUGACUGUGCUCCCUCCGCCUACAGAUGCACUGGAAGAAGACUUCCCUCACAUCCCGAGGAUAAUGGGGAAUCUCUGCUUGCAGCAGGUAAACUUAUGGGUCGGUCGGUCGAAGGAGGGGUCUACGUCUGGUCUGCACCACGACUUCCAUGACAACCUCUAUUGCCUGCUCAAGGGCCGAAAACGCUUCGUCCUCUUCCCACCGUCCGAGAUCAAAAACCUGUGUCCCCACGGCACUCUUGACACGAUGCACGAAAACGGCCUCAUCUCCUACACAGACGCUCCAGUGCGGUCUGACGGCCUGCCCGUGCGCGUUGCUCUGAAGGCGAAGGUCAAGGCCCUGGAGGAGAAACUCGAUGCCGUGCCGAACGGCAAGGGCAAGGGGCGGAUGAACAUGAAAGAGCGUGAGGCAUUGAUUGAGGCGCACGAUCAAGCCUUGGACGAGCUUGCGCAGUACACUCUUGAGGCCGCGGAUGGCAUUGACGUUGACGAGGAAGAGGACGACUUUGAUGCUCUGAUGGCUGGGUUGGAUGGCGAAGAUGACUUCAACGUGCUUGAGGGAGGGAACGGCGCGAGUGAUGGCGUGAACGGAGAUGCUGAAGACGAGAAGGAAGAGGGAAGAGAUGAGGACGAAAACGAGGACGAGGACGAGAGCGAAGAGGAUAGCAGCGAGAAGGAAGUGGAAGAAUACCCUGAGUGGUACGGCAUUGGUACAGGCGACUCAGAUGAUGAGGAAGACGGCGAGGAAGACACUGAAGAGCCUUCUUCGUUCUCCCGCAUACCCACUGCCCUAAUGCACAGGCAUCUGGGCCUGUCGACAAAUGCCAUGCCGCCAGCUGGUGCCUCCCUCAAGGACUUCCCCAACUUCAAAAAGGCGACGAGGCCGUUUGUCGCCGAGCUCUCCGCCGGUGAGAUGCUCUACCUUCCGGCCUCGUGGUGGCAUGAAGUCACAUCUUCGGCAGCAGCUGACGGCGACGCCGUGCACAUGGCAUUUAACUACUGGUUGUACCCCCCAAAUAAUCUGGAUAGCUUCGAAGAGCCGUAUGAGGAUACGUUGGUCUGGGAGUAUUUACGGUCGAAGAACGCCAAGAGUCGACAGAAGUCGUCUGCCGAGACAAGCAAGCGGAGGGGUAAUGAAGAGACUGCUCAGACUAAGAAGAGAAGCAGGAAGUAAAACUUGCUAUAUCAGCCAUAACAUCAAAACUACGUAUACCCA